AGCGGCGGCGGCGGGCGGGAGCGCGGAGGAGGUGGAAAGAAGGGGGGGCGCUGUCACGGAGACUCCGGCCGCCGGAGACCCCGCCGCAGCGAGGCCACUGGGCUCCCCGGUCGCGGAGCGUGAGCGGCGCCGACCCGGGGCGCCAAGGGGACACACCGGGCGGAGGAGGGGGCCUAUCUACCCUUCCGCAUUUUCCUGGGUCUCUCUCCCGGGCGGUGACGUGACGUGCUGACGGCGGGCCCGUGCCGGGGAGCUGGGCCGCUUUUUGUCAGCUCCGAGCUCGGCCCCUCCUCCCUCCCUCCGCCCGCCCCACCAGCCGGAGCCCGGCCCAGUGCUCCAGAGAAAGGCCGGCCUGCAGCACCCGCCACCGUCGCCGACCGCCCGCACGCCCGUCCGGAGCUGUGACUGAUGAGAAUUAAAGGCCAUGGAUGAAGAUGGACUUCAAUUACAACCACAAGAGCCAAACUCAUUUUUUGAUGCAACAGGAGCUGAUGCUACACACAUGGACGGUGAUCAAAUUGUUGUGGAAGUACAAGAAACUGUUUUUGUUUCAGAUGUUGUGGAUUCAGACAUAACUGUGCAUAACUUUGUUCCUGAUGACCCAGACUCAGUUGUAAUCCAGGAUGUUAUUGAGGAUGUUGUUAUAGAAGAUGUUCAGUGCCCCGAUAUCUUGGAAGAAGCAGAUGUAUCUGAAACGGUCAUCAUUCCUGAGCAAGUUCUGGACUCAGAUGUAACUGAAGAAGUUUCUUUAGCACAUUGCACAGUCCCAGAUGAUGUUUUAGCUUCCGACAUUACUUCAGCCUCAAUGUCUAUGCCAGAACACGUCUUGACGAGUGAAUCCAUACAUGUAUCUGAUGUUGGACAUGUUGAACACGUGGUUCAUGACAGUGUAGUAGAAGCAGAAAUCGUCACCGACCCUCUGACAACGGACGUCGUUUCAGAAGAAGUAUUGGUAGCAGAUUGUGCCUCUGAAGCAGUCAUAGAUGCCAAUGGGAUCCCCGUGGACCAGCAAGAUGAUGACAAAAGCAACUGUGAGGACUACCUUAUGAUUUCCUUGGAUGAUGCUGGCAAAAUAGAACACGAUGGUUCCUCUGGAAUGACCAUGGAUGCAGAGUCGGAAAUCGAUCCUUGUAAAGUGGAUGGCACUUGCCCUGAAGUCAUCAAGGUGUACAUUUUUAAAGCUGACCCUGGAGAGGAUGACUUAGGUGGCACCGUAGACAUUGUGGAGAGUGAGCCUGAGAAUGACCAUGGAGUUGAAUUACUUGAUCAGAAUAGCAGUAUUCGUGUGCCAAGGGAAAAGAUGGUUUAUAUGACUGUCAACGACUCUCAGCAAGAAGAUGAAGAUUUAAAUGUCGCGGAAAUUGCCGAUGAAGUUUAUAUGGAGGUGAUCGUAGGGGAGGAGGAUGCGGCAGCGGCGGCAGCUGCCGCCGCGGCGCACGAUCAGCAGAUCGACGACAAUGAAAUCAAAACCUUCAUGCCAAUCGCAUGGGCAGCAGCUUACGGUAAUAAUUCUGAUGGAAUUGAAACCCGGAAUGGCACUGCAAGUGCCCUCUUGCACAUAGAUGAGUCUGCUGGGCUCGGCAGACUGGCUAAACAAAAACCAAAGAAAAGGAGAAGACCUGAUUCCAGGCAGUACCAAACAGCAAUAAUUAUUGGCCCUGAUGGACAUCCCUUGACUGUCUAUCCUUGCAUGAUUUGUGGGAAAAAAUUUAAGUCGAGAGGUUUUUUGAAAAGGCACAUGAAAAACCAUCCUGAACACCUUACCAAGAAGAAGUACCGCUGUACAGACUGUGAUUACACUACCAACAAGAAGAUAAGUUUACACAACCACCUGGAGAGCCACAAGCUGACCAGCAAGGCAGAGAAGGCCAUCGAAUGCGACGAGUGUGGGAAGCAUUUCUCUCAUGCUGGGGCUUUGUUUACUCACAAAAUGGUGCAUAAGGAAAAAGGAGCCAACAAAAUGCACAAGUGUAAAUUCUGUGAAUACGAGACAGCUGAACAAGGGUUAUUGAAUCGCCACCUUUUGGCGGUCCACAGCAAGAACUUUCCUCACAUUUGUGUGGAGUGCGGGAAAGGUUUUCGUCACCCGUCAGAGCUCAAAAAGCACAUGCGCAUCCAUACCGGGGAGAAGCCGUACCAGUGCCAGUACUGCGAAUAUAGGUCUGCAGACUCUUCUAACUUGAAAACACAUGUAAAAACUAAGCAUAGUAAAGAGAUGCCAUUCAAGUGUGACAUCUGUCUUCUGACUUUCUCAGAUACCAAAGAGGUGCAGCAACAUGCUCUUAUCCACCAAGAAAGCAAAACACACCAGUGUUUGCACUGCGACCACAAGAGCUCGAACUCAAGCGAUUUGAAACGACACAUAAUUUCGGUUCACACGAAGGACUACCCCCAUAAGUGUGACAUGUGUGAGAAAGGCUUUCACAGGCCUUCCGAACUCAAGAAACACGUGGCUGCCCACAAGGGUAAAAAAAUGCACCAGUGUCGACAUUGUGACUUUAAGAUCGCAGAUCCAUUUGUUCUGAGUCGCCAUAUCCUCUCCGUUCACACAAAAGAUCUUCCGUUUAGGUGUAAGAGAUGUAGAAAGGGAUUUAGGCAACAGAAUGAGCUUAAAAAGCAUAUGAAGACCCACAGUGGCAGGAAGGUGUAUCAGUGUGAGUACUGUGAGUAUAGCACUACAGAUGCGUCCGGCUUUAAACGGCACGUUAUCUCCAUUCAUACGAAAGACUACCCUCACCGGUGUGAGUACUGCAAGAAAGGCUUCCGGAGACCUUCCGAAAAGAACCAGCACAUAAUGCGACACCAUAAAGAAGUGGGCCUGCCCUGACGAUACUGCUACAGACAUUUGUGGAGAUGUUGGCCUUGAAGCGGAAAUUUCAUUUUAAAGCCAAUCCAUCUCGUUCACAUAACAAUACUGUAUAUUGAUUUAUGCUGUGUACAAAUAGAAUUAUUGCUUCUAGUUGAGUUGGGUUUUUUUUUUUUUACAUUUUGUUUAAUAGUGUGUUCUGAAUUCUAUUCAGUUUGUUUAAUAAAUGGGGGAAAGCAGCAACAAGUAAGUUGCUUUUAAUAAAGUAAUCCCUGAUUCUAUACUGAAUUUUUCUAUCUUAGAAGUUUUAUAUUUAUUUAAAUAUUUACCUUGCUUACCUUGAUGGUACU